UGCUGCUGCUGCUGGUGCUUGAUUGCUCGCUGCUGUCUACGUCAGAGGUGGCGCAGUGUCGGGCUGCAGCAGCAUGGUGGGACAGAGGCGAUGCGACACCGACUGAACAAAGUUUAAAGAUGCCGCACAAAGCAGCAGCACACCACACAUGGCUGGGAUAGAGGUCCGGCCCUCUCCCCCGUGCCUCUUAUGCAAGGACUGUUUUCUUUUUCUCUGCAUAAACAAACACCGGCCUAUGCAUCGCAUCUCUCGGACACUCCACCUGCGUGAUCUGCGAGCCAGGUGAGUCGCGAGUCUAAGCACGGGUAGUGGGUGUGGUGUCAUGUGUGUACCACAUAUAGGCUGGUGGUGAACUGGUGAAGCAGCUUUUUGGUUUACACAAAGCAGCGGAGCAGCAGCAGCGGCAGGGGGACUCCUCUGGUCUCAUAAUCGCAGUAUAACGAAGGAAUCUCACGUCGGCUGCCGAGGUUUCUGGGUCAAACUUGGCAUUUUAAGCAAGGCACCAUCCUAACACUAAUGAAAAAAAGAAAGAAUGAACUUCAAGAACUUGAGGGAGUACCUGGCUUGGUUAUACUACCAAUACCUGCUCAUCACCGGCAUCUAUGUCCUGGAGCCGUGGGAAAAAUCCAUCUUCAACUCCAUCCUCUUCUCUGCCAUCGCCAUGGUCGUCUACACCUCAUACGUCUUUGUACCCAUCCACGUGCGCCUGGCGCUGGAGUUUUUCUUAGGCAUCUUUGGCGGCCAGCCGGAGAGCACCAUGGCACUCAUGACCUAAAAGAAACAAAACAAAACAUGAAGGUAAAGAGACAGAAAAUGUGUGGAUGAGCAUGAAUCUGUCAUCAUAUUUUCUUAUAACUCACCUCCUUAGAUCCUAGAGCACCUUGAGCCCUCCUUUUACAACAAGCUCGCCCUAAACCAGGCAAUCAGCCACCUCUGCGAAUCACGACUGAAAACAUGAAGAUCUUAAUGGAACGAUGUGGAAAUCAGAGCCUUACUAUCUUCUUUACAUCCCAAACCCUCCAGCCUUACCCCAUGGUAUUAGACAGGCAGCAGAACAGUGCUUUCACACAUGUCCUGUGAGAUGUCUUAUGAUAUGUUGUUUGUCCUUAUUGAUUUUUUGUUUGUUUUUGUUUUUUUGUUGUGUUUAUCACCAUAUGUCCUGUGUGAGUGCAUACCACAUAUGUGUUUUGCAUGAUAGGGUCAUAUAUGGGCAGUCGAUUUGCAUGCUCAUCUCACUAUGAAAUACUACUAGACUUGCUUCUUUUUUAUUGCCUUUUAAGCUCCAGACUCACUAUUUACAAAAAAGCAGACCGAUCAUUUUAUAGCGUCUGAAUCCAGUCUGUAAAAUUUAUGUCUGGCAUUCUGAAUUUACAGCUCACUACAGAGCAAGCUGUCACGUUUCAAGUGUUACACAGUGAGAGGCGACUACGUGAGUUCGAGAUGAUUUUAGACACAGCCCAAAUUUCCUUCAGAGCCGUGGAAGGCAUUAUAUGUCAGGCUCUGUGGGACUUAAUGCAACAGGUAAACUAAACUUGCAAUGCAACAUCAGUGACGUUUCCUUUUUAAGUGUGUGUAUGUUCGUUUAUCUGAUGUAUCUGUGAUGCCAUGUUAUCUCGUGCACUCACUCUGGGUGGUUAAUCUGUAGUUUUGCAUCAGAACCGCUAUCACUGGGUUUUGUUUUUUUGUUUUGGUGUUUGUUUGUUUUUAGUUGCCUUUAUGAGCUGCAAUACUGACUGGCAGGGCACAUUACACAUUUCACGUAGAUGUCAUUUAGCUGAUCUUAACAGAGAGGACUGAUAAAAAGCCCAACCUAUGCAAUGAGUCUUAAAACGUUCGUGUUAAGACUCUGUUAAACAGAUUUUCCCAGUCAGUGUGAGUAAUAUUAAGCCAAAAUAACAGAAGAGAUACGUGCCGAGCCCUGCUUUAUCUCUAGUUUAUUAACUGUUGCCAUUUCUGGUAGGUGUACUCAGCUCUGAGCUUGAGCAAAUAUUGAUACAACACACCUUUGUGUUGUAGGCUUGGCUUUGGUAAUUACGUAACUCUACUUCACAAACCCCUGAAAUCAAAAAAGAACUGUUUGAUGUUUCAUACAGAAUGCAAAGAUACUGUAGGCAAAUUAACCCAAAUGAAAAACAAUGACAUGGCUGACCAAAGUCUUCCUUAUCUAUAGUUGAUCUAUAGAUAGAAAGUGAGUUUUAGUGUGUCUGGUAGCUGCGAUGAGCAUUGUGCGUUGGAUCAUUUUUAGCUAUUUGUGCUUUGGGUGAGGGGCUCACUGGUUAUAGUUCAAGCAUAAGUAACAAUGAGUUAAUUUUAUUUAUAUGGAUUUAUAUAUUUAUAUACACUGGUAAAUGCUUGGCUGGUUACAAUGUCAAUUACCAAAUGUUUGUGAUUAUUUAUAUCUGUGUUCUCCUGUGGCCAUACUUUUGUUAUUUGCUCUGUUUCUCUACCUUAAAGUGCUUUUUAUAUUGUUGUAUCAUUUCAUUUCACUUUGGAUAAACAUUUGCUGAAGUCUCAGACGUUUCCAGCUCAGACAAUGACGCGUUCUCUGAAAAAUCUUUUUUUUUUUUUCCCCACUGUGCACAAAAUGAAUGUUUUAUUUAUACAUGAUGGUGACACAUCGCUCCAGUAAUCAGAAAAUAAAAAUGCAUCUGAAGA